AUGUCACAAGCGACAAGCUCAGUGGCCUCGAUUCACGAGGAGAAAUCACGACUGCCUCAUACCGACAUUGAACAGCCCCCAGUAUCACUUGACGAAAAGCAACCAGAUACGACCGAGCCUCCAGUGGUCGUGAGUCCUUUCCAUCCAAGUCAGUUUCCUGAUGGCGGAAGGGAUGCAUACCUGUGUCUCCUCGGAGGCUUCUGCUGUCUUUUCUGCUCAUUCGGAUGGCUGAACGCAGUUGGAGUGUUCCAGAGCUACUACCAGCGGAACCAAUUAAGUGACUACUCGCCUUCUACCAUCGCCUGGAUAGCCUCCCUCGAGAUCUUCGUCAUGUUCGCGCCUGGACCUAUCGUCGGGUUUAUCUAUGACAACUACGGCCCCAGAUACAUACUGCUAUUUGGCACCUUCUUCCAUGUCUUUGGUCUCAUGAUGACGAGCCUCUGCACCGAGUACUGGCAGUUUGUUCUCGCACAAGGCAUUUGUAGCCCCCUGGGCUUGAACUGCAUCUUCCAGGCGGGAACUAGCACCAUCCCUACUUGGUUUCUCAAGAAGAGAGGGCUGGCGUACGGAGUCAUGGCUGCUGGCAGUGGGCUAGGCGGCAUCAUCUUCCCCAUCAUGGCAACUCAUCUCAUCCCCCAAAUUGGCUAUGGCUGGACGAUGAGAACAUUAGCGUUCCUGAUUCUCGGUAUGAUGGGUAUCGCAUUCGUCACUGUCAAGUCUCGUCUGCCGCCGAGGCCUAGAAAAUUGGAACUCUGGGUCUUUCUGGAGCCCUUCAAGGACACUCGCUUCAUCUUAUUGACCAUUGCGUCAUUCAUGUUCUUCAUGGGGAUGUUUAUCCCCAUCAACUUUAUUGAGGUUGAAGCCAUGUCAGAUGGAAUGUCAACUCGCUUAGCUGGAUAUCUCCUGGCUGUCCUCAACGCCGCAAGCAUCUUCGGCCGUAUCAUCCCCGGUGCUCUCGCAGACAAGGUCGGCAAAUUCAACAUGCAAUCAUUGUGGUGUCUGGUAGCUGGCAUCCUCGUCCUCGCAUUGGCUCUCCCCGCAUCUAGCAAUGCGGCAUACAUCACAUUCGCUGCUCUCUACGGUUUCGCUUCGGGUGCUUUCGUCUCACUGUUACCGGCCCAGAUAGCACACAUCUCCAAGGUCGAUCAGAUUGGAAUACGCGUUGGUGUUGUAUUUGCAUGCAUAUCGUUUGCGGGCUUGGCCGGUAAUCCGAUUGCGGGAGCUAUUGUCGAUCAAAAUAAUGGAAAGUACUGGGGGCUGAACGUCUUUUCAGGUGUCAUGCUCAUGGCAGGGUCGGGUAUGUAUGUAGUGACGAGGAUGUACAUUGCGGAUUGGAAAGUCUUUGCGCUAGUUUAG